AGAAAAACUUUUCAGUGUUGUAGAGCGACAGGAAGUGCUGCAGUGACUCGUCACCAUGCAGGAGGAGCUGGGAGAGACCAUGGGUGGGGACAACGAUGGGGGGUCAAUGUGGCUCUGUCCUUUGUGUCAACAAGGUCAAAAAGACCGUGAUGGUCUUGCUUUGCACCUGGCUGAAAAACACAGCGUGCUUCCUGCUUGCCUUGAUAAGCUGUUGGACAUUGCGACACCCAAGCACUUGUCCAAUGACGAAGACAGAGAGCGUGCUGGCCAAAAUGAUCUCAAUGGCACAUCCCAGCAGCAGUGUUCAGAAAACUCACCUUUAAUCGAGUCUCAGAAUGAAACCAUUCCUAGUGUAACUGACCAAGACGGUUCCUCCCAGGAAAAAGUUGUGUGUGAUGAAUUAGGAGAAGUGGGAAAGGAGAACGACGGGAGUAACAUAGAAUCAAAUCAGGAUAACGUUACCCAGUCUGAAAGUUCAGAAGCUUCGGGCAAUGAAGAUAAAUCCAGCGAUAAAAGCAAUACUGCUGCUGAUGAUGUCAACCACCCUUUCAAGUGUCACGCUUGUUUGGAAUUCUUUCCCACUAGAUCGGCAUUGAGCGUUCAUUAUAAUUCAGCCACCCAUAUCCAGAGGAUGAGAACAGGAGCAGGGAAUGACAGUGAUUCCCCAGCCCCUGUUCUUGCACGUCCUUAUGUCUCGAACAAACCUUACCAGUGUGCAGUGUGUCGUGUUUCUUAUAAUCAUGCCAUCACUCUGGAAAGUCAUUUAAAAUCUGUAUUGCAUCAGAGCCGUAGCAGGAGUGCUGGAAAUGCUGCAAGUAAUUCCACAACAAAUGCAGGAAAUGGAAAUGUAGCCGCAAAUGUGACGGCCACUACCGUGGCUAAUACCACACAGUUAGCUUAUGUUACGACCAGCAAUUGCGUCACACAAGCAAGUCUGACUGCAUCUCAAGCGAUGACCAAAGAUGAAGAACAGGUUAAGCCUCAGCCUGCCCCCUCAUUGCUUUCCUCCCCAGUGGCCUCAGCUCAGGCAGUAUCAGCUUUUCUUACUCUGUUAACAUCUAGUCCAAACUCUGUUCAACACUCCAUUCUUCCCUCUCUCUUUGCUGCUGGAACAGGUGCUGCACCAAGCACAGCAACUACUCAGCUAAUAACUCAGCCUCAAAUGCUUAUGCCCCUUAUUUUGAAUGGACUUCAGGCUCAGAGCCCAACCUCAGAAGCCCCCAAACAACUUUUGCAGCAGACAGUGCCAGUCCUCGGUCUCAGCACGGCACAGCAGGCUCUCUUGACCCAGGGACUUAGUGGGUUGCAAAGUCAGUGGGCUCCUUUUAGACUCUCCAAUGCAGCUCAAAUGCCGCCAGAAGAGAGUGAAAAUAGUAUUGAUGAGGGAGCAGGUGCAGAAGUAAAAAAUGAGGAACCCCAGCAGGAGUCCUGUGAUCAGCAAGUGCCACAGACCUCUGAAGAAGCCUGGACCACAGAUGAUGGUGCUGGGAAAAGCAGCAGUAAUACGGUAGAUAUUAAGCAGGAGCGCAACGGCUUUAAGUAUGACAAAAGUGUUGAGGAUGACAUGGGAUGUACUGAUGAAAAGCAAGAAAAGGAUGAUAUUGAUAUGGAAAGCACAACUGAAGAGGGGGAUCUGGGGGAAAAUGCAAAAAGAAGUUCUGAUGCAAAUACUGACUCACCAGGCCAGGUUGUUCAAUGUAGUUGUCCAUCACCUUGUCUUAAUGAAUCCUGCCAGUCUACUACACACAAUAAUAAAAGUACUGGUAAUAGUUUAGAGUUACAACAGAGUCCUGCAAAAUGCAGCCCUUCAAACACUAAUCUUGCCUUAAUGUCCUCACAGCCUAAGAGUGCCAAGGCUCAUGCAAUCUUGUCCUCAGGACCUCCUAUGCUAAGUGAAUUCCAGUCUCAGGUUCUGUGGGCCUUUAUUGAGUCGCAGAAUGAGGCAGAUUCAGCAAUUCCACCAAAAGAGGACUGUGAAGCCCUUGGCAGAGAAGUUGGACUAACUGGUGAUGAGGUACGAAGAUGGCUGGUCGAUGCCUGCCGUGCCAAAGAAAGACACAACGCAGAAGAGAUGGAUCAUGAUGAAAUGGAAGGAAGCAUUGAAGACGAGGAAGGUGCCCUUAUGAUAGAUGAAAGUGAAUAUGGACAGAGUCCAUCAGCUAGCAGUAGUCAUGCAAUAGAUCUCUCUAACAGUUCUGAUAUACGCAAAGAAAUGGUAUAUAGUCAAAACCAAGGGGAUUUAUGCUUAACUUCUGACUCAGAAAAUGAAGAAUUCUACACUUCUGUUAUUGUGACGGAUGAGGAGAGCCAAAGUAGCUCGAUGAAAGAUGAGCCAGGUAGCCCAAUUAAGCAGCUGUCACAGUUAGACACAUCAGGAGAAAGGUCAAGUGGUGGAGGAAAGGUUCUUCGUUCUACUACAGUCUUCCUUUCAGAUGCAGAGGAUGAUGACGAAGAUCAGGGUGCAAAAAAUAAAAAGAGAAAGAGGGAGAUAGAUAAGGAGGAAUCAGAAUGCAAAAAGGAGAGGCAUGAUGCUGAUCUUGAUCUUCAGUUGGAAGCACAAGCUGAUCCUCCUACUCCUCUUUCAGUUACAGUUGACCAUUCAGGUCUUCCAGCUGGAAUCUUGCAUUCCUUGCCUCUUUCCCUUUCUUUGGCCCCCUUUUCUACACAGUUAUUCAGUCCCUACGUCCUCUCUGUUCCGUCGUCAGUUGUUGGAGUUGGCAUUUCUGAAGCAGACCGAGCCAAAGUAGCGACCUACUCGAGUCCCCCAGCUAUUACUUGCACUCAGUCUCCAUUUUCUGACCAGCUUCAUGGAGCAGCCAUUAGUUCUCUUGCGCAGUCUGCCCAGUUCAUUUCCAAUGGCAGUGAAUGUGAGUCUGCCUUAGAUCUCAGUAUAGGGAAACAUCAAAGUUCAACAAACUCCACUUCUGUCUCAGCAAACAAGGUAUCUAUUCAAAAGACUGCUUUGCUUGAUGGUCUUGGAUUAAGGCCUACUGUUGGGGUCCCUGCAGAUGGGAGUCUUAUUGUUGUUCAGGUAAAGCCUGAUACUGCCAUAACUAUCCCGAACUCUAACACUACCAUUGGUAACCACAGUAGUAUGGCUAAGACAAGCACAGUGUUCAUGAGGGCUGCAGAAAAAGUAAAUGCGUCCUUAAAAGAGAGUGAGCAAGAGAAGGCAAGAGACCAAAAAAGAACUAGUGCAAGACGAUUCAGGGACAUGAGAAGGUCCAGGACAAUUAUUCAGGCUGACCAGCUGGACGUGCUGUAUGGAUGUUAUUUCAAAGACCCAAACCCAGGAAAGCAUGAAUUUGAACAAAUUUCAGAGUGGGUGCACCUGCCGAAAAAGGUGGUACAAAUUUGGUUUCAAAACAUGAGGGCUAGAGAGCGUAAAGGGGAAGUUCGUUUUAUCAGUGAUGGUACAUUGGCAGCUGUAGGUAAACCACUUAUAAAGUUCACUUGGCCACUGACUAAGCCCAUUUUUUCAAGUACCCCCAAAUCUAACUCAAGCCCAACAACUCCUGGCUGGGUUCCACCAAAGCCACAAACUGGCAGUGAAACACAAAAGACAGAAAAGGUUAUGGAGGUCAAAGAACCACUGAAAAUCCCUAUCCAGGGUCUCAGCAGGCCAAAGGAAAUGGGGUCAACAACGACUGUCGGCAGUACAUCAGCACUCAAGACAAAAGCUGAAGCACCAAAUGCAUUUACAAUGGUUAAAAUUGCCCCCAAGGCCGUGCCCCCAUUAGUUCCCAUGCCAAUCAGUGGCUCUGCCAUUGCCCCAAACUCCCAAAAGAUCAAACUGGAGGGACAAAGUGAAGCAGACAGGACAGAGGAAAAGGAUGGAAAAGAUCAAGAGAAACACAUCCCUGGGACAACCAACCGCAUGGUUCCAAAACUAUCCACUACACCAAUUAACAAAUCUUCGACUGUUACAACUCAGAAACACAAUGGCAUUAAUUAUUGGUCUCAGAAAGGUCCAAUUAAGAUCAAUACUUUGUCCAGGGAACAGCUGGGUCUGAGCACAACACGCACCAUCAUGACUUCAGCUUCAGUAGGAACUCCAUCUAUGACAAUAACUUCACCACCAUCCACUCAAAACCAAAAAGAAGCAAAUUACAUUCAGCAGCACUCCACCCCAAGAAGACCACGAACACACUUGAACUGUCUUCAGCUGUCCAUUCUCCAGUCCUGCUAUGAGACCUGCGCCCAUCCUAAUGCAUUAGAGUGUGAAGCAGUGGGAACAGAGCUUGGUCUUCCACUUAAAGUGGUGCAGAUCUGGUUCCAGAACACACGUGCCAAGGAAAAGCGUUGGAGGCUACAGCAGGAGAAGUUGUCUCCUAAUUCUAGCGACCCUUCCAAGAAGCUGGACAUCAGCUCGGGCACUUACCUACAGUACAACGCGCUCCGAGCCAACCGUCCAAUUCUGCCCAAACCAGUACAACUGACAGUCCUGGAAAGUUCACCAACACCUGCAGCGGGUCAGCAAGCAGCUCGUGAAACACUAAGAGGGAAAUGCGAGGUGUGUAACGUCGAGUUCGAGUCCAGAGCCGCUGCACGAGACCACGUUUUCUCUCCUCGCCAUCUUGCAACACUGCGAACCACUAACUUUGGUCAGUCGGCGACGCAAAUUAACAACGGCUCGGCUGGCGUCGUAAGCCAAGCUUCUUCGAGAUCGCCAGCUAGCAGCACUAGCUAAAAAAUGAACUUGCGCUGCUUUGAUAAGUGGACCCACUAGGCUCUUGCGCUUUUAAUCGGCAAAGAAAAGGUGCUUGUUUUUAAAGCUAACGCUCUUUUAAUUCUGCACCGUUACAGUGGGCCUGAAGAACUCCACUUUCGGAUGUCAGCGAGAUUUGAUCCUAAAAAGAACUUAUUUUAAUGACUUGUUGCCACAUCAUUUCACUAAUAAUAAUAAUAACUAUCAUCAGAUUAAUUGGUUAUACUGGACAUGCAGUUGCUUAUGUUGUAACGGUCGCGUUUUAUGUGUUUCACUGCUUUGUCUCUGUUUUCAACAUCUGUUUCUUUUUGUGCUUGUUUAUUAUCCUUUCUUGCUAAUUCAGAACACUCUGGCUGUUUGGGAAAAUUUAGCAAUGGACCACAUGAAACUCAUCAAAAGUUAUUCAGUGAUUUAUGUACACGGUACUGCUUUUGCUUGAGCCUGAACGGUGUUCUGCAUUGGAGGUUUUUUUUUUUGGUUUUUUUUUUAUAUAUAUAUGAAUCAAAUUUUAUUGGUUUUUAAAAAGUUAUCAUUGGGAGUUUUUUGACUGACAAACUGAUGAUCAUGGGUGUAUCAAAAAUGUGCAAAGAGCUGGCGUGGGAGUAAAGACGGUAUGCAAGUGCCCAUACUAAAAGUUCAUGACAAUUUAUUCCUUUUUUUUUUUUUUUUUUUUUUUACAAUAUUAUCACAAUAUAGAAGCAGAAACAUGCUUUUGGACCUGCUUACACUGUCAGGGAAUUCUAAUGAACGGAACUGUGGGAUACAUGCAAUGCCGCCCGCUUCAGAUUUGCUCAGAACAAAGGUGGAUGGAAGACGAGCCGUCUUUAUGUUGCCUUCACUAAAGGGCAGUUUAUCCCUGGGUAUCUCUAGGUACUGCCUAAAAUAGAUAACCUCCUUCAAAAUGAAAGGCAGAUAUAUUGUGAAUAUAUGUAAAGUAUCCACAAUAAUAUUGUGAUAUAUUGUAAAGAUCAAUUAUCGGCACAUACUAACAGGAAAGUCUAUGUUUUAGUUUUUUUGUUUUUUUAUAAACCGAGGGAGUUUGUGAGUGCUCUGAAUCGAGUCACUCUCAGAAGCUGUUAAAUGCAACGACAGCUACUCUAUUUGCCAUCAUGACAAUCAUACUUUUUUUUUCUCUCUUUCAAAACUCCACUAGCAAAACCUAAAAAUGUCACAUGGUUGUCGUGCAGCACUUUCUUCCUUUAAAGGUCUGAAAUAUUUUAAGGUUUCCAUACUUGCUUGGAAUAAAUGUAUUAUAUUGAUUUACUGUAUGUCAGAUUUUACAGAAGUGUUGCCAGCUUUCGCUGCAUUUUAUGAACACGUGAACGUGGAAAGGAUCAGACCUAGCCGCUGUGCAAAAAGCCAAAGUUAAUUCUGUAUGCUAGCGCGAUUUUAAAUGGUUUUGAUAUAAAUUUGUCAAACAACACGAUUAUAUGAAUUGUAUUUCUCCACUUUAUUUUUAUUUUUUUCCUCCCUCUUCAGUUUGUUGUAACCCUAACCGUGUUAAAGGUAUUCACUGCUUGCACCAGGUUUUUAUGGGAGAGAAGUCAUUUUACACCCUUGUUCUUCAUUGUCUUUUAUGUGGGUGCAAACCGAGUACUCCCCAGCAACGAAUCUCCACUCUCCAGCUGACCACGAGGUACUUUCUGUGGUUUUUCGACACGCGUGUCGAUUCGGUAAUAUGGAAACUACUCCGUGUGACAAAACAUACAAGUUUGAAGGAAAUGAAAUACUAAAGAGAACUGUCAUUUCUUCUUUUUCUGUUUUUUUUUUUAAGUUGUAUAUUCUUAUUAUUAAUAUGUUACUAUUAAUAGUUUAACGAGAUGCAAAACUAAAAGGUAACUUUUUAAAAGGAACUCUAUUAUGAGAAUGGUAUUCCAAAGUUAAUCAUCUUUCACUUGCUUUCUGUCAAAAUGAAAAGAAAACCAAAAAGCAUUUUGAGAGAGUUUUGUAAUGAAUUUCCCACAUCUCGACACUUUGAGCAAGUCCAGGAAGGACUUUGAUAUAUUAGGCUGAAAGUGUGUUUAUCUCAGCCAGAACAAGGUGGAGCACUUGGAUGUAUGAUGAUUCAGAGGCGUGUGGCGCUUUUCUUUUUUUUUUUUGGACGCACCUCCGUUAUUUUUUUUAAACACUCUGUGUUAAAACUGUAGCUCGUGUUCACUGAGCAUGAACUGAACACAGUGCUAAACAAUGGGAUCACAGUGUUGCACUGUUUGAAGUGAAGAGGUGGUGCACAGACCUGCUUUUUGACUGAUUAUUAUAUAUAUAUUUUUUGUUUCCAUUAACACUUAUCACUUGUUAUAACUACUACUUGCUAUUGUUUUCAUUACUAUUAUCACAGUUUGAUUAUUAUUAAUUCAUUACGGUUUUUAAUAGCAUCUUUAUCUUCAUCGAGAUGGUCUUGGUAUACUGCAAACUGAUGGUGAAAGUGUUUUUAUGAAAUAUUAGAAUAUUGUUUAAGCUUGAUUUCUUCCCUCCCGCCCCCCCAUACUUGUACCUUCAUUUUUGUGUUGGAUCUUCUUUUCUUUUCUUAUACGGAAAAAUAAACUGAACUUCAAUUA